CUUGCGCGUGCUCGUUCGCCCACGCUUGAACGCCGUAGUGCGUGAAGUGGUGUCCAGCGAUGUACACACUUAGAUGUGGUUUCAAGAAGAUAGCCGACAGUGAUGCUUUCUUUCGCAGUGCGAACAUAAAAAAGGGACACCUGUUGGUGGCUCAUGUGCACUGUGUUGAGCAGAUUGUUCAAGAGAACACCGUCUUCGUCAAGGCGAAGUGUGUGUCACAGGUGAACGACAACAUCGUUUACGACGUGGAAUUUGAGACAGGAUUGGUGGUUCUGCCGCAGCAGCCUUGGCUUUGCUGUAGCCCUGAUGGCCUUGUCAAACUUGGGGGCAAAACAGUUCUCAUCGAGAUAAAGUGCACUUUCAAGUUCAAGGACAGUCCAUUUAUUAACUAUGAAGAAAGGAUAUGCCAUCUCCCCUAUCUCACAUUCACCGAUGACACAAUCACACUCAAGAAAACACAUCAGUACUACACACAGGUGCAAGUGUCGUUGUAUGUACUCAAUUUACAGAGAGCACUCCUGUAUGUUUAUUCACCGAAUCAGUCAGUGAUAGUAAGCGUGACUCGAGAUGAGCUUUUCCUUUGGGAGGUUAUCCCAAAGCUGGAACAUUUUUAUUUCAAGUUCUUUAUUCCAGCAUUGUUUUAGCUUCCUAUUCUGAUUUUUGUUUCCAUGUUUAUAAUUUUUCGAUAAAGUAUGUUGAUAUCCUGCUUCUGUGAUCACUUGAAUCAAUGUUAAAUAAUGUUUAAGUCAGUAUAUUACCUGU